AUGGCAUGCCACAGAGCACACCCUAACUUGGAAAACCUCAAACAAUCUCUGGUUCGAGCAGUUGAGCGCUUUCCUCAAGAAGUGCUGCGUGCUGCUAUUGAUGACUGGCCACGGAGAUUAAAUGCCUGUAUUGACUACCCCGAACUGGGUGUCCGCAAUUCGAGAUUACCGUCGACCAUGGAUAGGGGUGUCAAUCUAGUCUUUGAGGACACCUUUGGUAUGCGGGAAGCGUACAAGUCCAACCGAAGUUCUCACUCCUCGACUUCUUCAGCUUAUUCCGGCAGCGACACUAUGACCUGCCACUCCGUGGAAGCAGACGAAGUUGACCUAUCAGGCCUGGUCGAAUCCAUCGUCGAUUCCGACGAGGAGGACCUGGCUGAGAGUAGCGAUGUGAGUAGUAACUUUAGCCUGACAGUUCGGGACACCGUGAGGGAGUGCCUAGAGAAGGAUCCGACGGAUCGGUGCGAGGAAGACAUCGAGACCUUGCUGGAGUUCACUCAACAUCUCAAGGCAUUCACCAACAUGACGCUAGCUGUCCGCCGGGCUCUCUGCUCUGUCAUGGUUUUCGCUGUCGUUGAAAGGGCUGGUACGGUUGUGAUGAACGACGGUGAAGAACUGGACUCUUGGAGUGUUCUCAUCAACGGUCAUGUGGAGAUUGAAUAUUCGAACGGCCAAACGGAGCAGUUGCACAUGGGUGACAGUUUUGGUAUCCUGCCGACAAUGGAAAAGCUUUACCACCGAGGAGUAAUGAGAACUAAGUGUGACGAUUGCCAAUUCGUUUGUAUCACACAGACGGACUAUUACAGGAUACAGCACCAGGGACAGGAGGCAAUGCAGAGGCACCUCAACAACGAUGGAGAACUGAUGAUGGUCACCGAGCAGAGGGGAGCAGAUCGCAGAGGUCAUGUCGUCAUCAGGGGAACUCCAGAAAAGCUGAUGCAGCAGCUGAUCGAAGAGAACUCAAUAAUCGAUCCGACGUAUGUUGAAGAUUUUCUUUUGACUCACAGGACUUUCAUUAGCAGUUCGGUCGAUGUCGCAAAGCAGCUUCUUAAAUGGUUUAAUGAAGAGUGCUGUAGGGACAGGGUGACUAGGGUUCUUUUGCUUUGGGUCAACAACCACUUCACUGACUUUGAAACGACCCCUGGCCUCAUGGACACCCUCGAGAUCUUCGAAGGCUGGCUGGAGCGGGAGAAGAUGAUUGGCCAACUGGGCCUCCUGAACAUAGCCUGCGCUGCCAAGGCGAGGCCUCGCUCCAUCACACUCGCGAGGCCGUCCAGAGAAGACGAGCUUCCCUUUUCAAUCAUCGGGGGAUAUGAAAGGGGUUUCGGUAUAUUUAUCAAAAUGGUCGAUAAGGGGAGCAAAGCGGAAGAAGUAGGUCUGAAAAGAGCAGAUCAAAUAUUGGAAGUCAACGGAAACAGUUUUGAACAUAUCGCGCAGGCCAAGGCAUUAGAUAUCCUUAAGUCUAGUACCCACUUAAGCAUCACCGUUAAGUCUAAUCUUUUAGGUUUCAAAGAUAUUAUUUCAUCGAGCGGAGCCCGAAGUGGUCGAGGGACACCAAAGAGAUCUGAUCCGACACCCCCUCCCCCUCACCCGCCGCCCUUACCACCUCUUCCUGUUGCGCCUAUUUCGCCAACGAAGCCAUCGAAGCAGUCUUUUAUGACCUUAGCGUCGAAGAAGAGGCUUCAAAAAGCUCUCAUUAAGAUGAAUAUCUUGCCAAAGAAUACUAUUAUGGACGGUCCUGGAGAAGAAGUGAUACCUCAGUCUGGCGAUUCGACUCAGUUGAUGACUCAACCUGACCUCGUAAAUCUGUGCUAUGAUGAUCUUCGGUCGACAGAUUACCCUGAGCACGUAUUGAAAGUUUACAAAGCUGACCAGACCUGUAAAUACCUCUUAGUCCACAAGGAGACGACCGCUCACGAAGUAGUGAUGCUUGCUCUCCAAGAGUUUGGAAUUACUGAGCCUAGUUGGCACUUUUCGCUUUGUGAAGUUUCUGUUUCGGAAGGUGGGAUUAUAAAGCAGAAGCGCCUUCCAGAUCAGUUACAAAAUCUUGCCGAGCGGAUAGGUCUCAGUAGUAGGUAUUAUUUGAAGACGAAUGGUGUAACCGAAACUCUAGUCGGUGACGACUUAGCGUCUGAGCUGGUCAGAGAGAGCACCGUUCACUUCUUGCAGCUUAACGCAGUGGAAGUUGCCGUUCAACUAACGCUCCAAGACUUCUCCAUCUUCAGGCAGAUUGAAAGUACUGAGUACGUUGAUGACCUGUUCGGAAUAAAGAGCCGAUAUGGUACGCCGAUGCUCACUCAGUUCGCCGAGCUUGUGAACCGAGAGAUGUUUUGGGUAGUGACAGAAGUAUGCUCCGAGCACAAUCUCGUAAGGAGGUCUAAGAUCAUUAAACAAUUCAUCAAAGUUGCCAGGCAGUGUAAAGAAUGUAAAAACUUCAAUUCCAUGUUUGCUAUCAUUUCCGGACUCGGCCAUGGUGCCGUGAGUCGGUUGAGGACGACGUGGGAUAAAUUGCCGUCGAAAUACCAACGGCUGUUCCAAGAUCUGCAGCAGAUUAUGGAUCCUUCUCGUAACAUGAGCAAGUAUCGUCAACUCGUUAACAGUGGCACUCCUCCCAUCAUACCUUUCUAUCCGGUAGUGAAAAAGGAUUUAACAUUUAUUCAUUUAGGGAAUGAUACGAAAGUUGAAGGUUUAAUUAAUUUUGAAAAGUUGAGGAUGAUUGCGAAAGAAGUAAGGACGUUAACGAAUAUGUGUUCGUCUCCUUAUGACCUCCUCACGAUGCUCGAAUUAGGAGGUCAGCCGCCUUCGAAUGCCAUGGUUACCUUGAACCAGUUAACAACUGGUAACUCUCAACAAGGUGCAGCAACUGUGAAAAGAAGAAAAAAAUCUACCGGCGCUCCAAACCCUAAGAAAAUGUUCGAGGAGGCCCAAAUGGUGAGAAGAGUGAAGGCGUACCUGAACAGAAUGAGGGUAGUGACAGACGAAGAGAAGCUGCACGAACUCUCGCUGGAGUGCGAGGGCUCCAGAGAGGGAGGUUCCAGCGGAGGACCGGUCCGCAAGAGGAACCCAUCCCCGACCCUCAGCACUGCCUCGUCCGCCAGCAGUGCCUCCGAGGGCAACAGAAAACAUCCUCAUCCCAAGUUUGGUUCAGCGUCGCCGCAGGCUGUGAGGAAGCUCCUGUCGUUAGCCGAGCAGUCGAAGACGAGGACAAGGCAGGCCCCGAGCCCGACGGGAGGGAGGCGAGGAGGGAGGGGACACUCCCACGAGCGCUCCCACUCGGACACACCUCCCCUCCCAGCGUACCACCAUCCGGCUCUCCUGUCGUCGGUGGACCUCAGCGCGGAGUCCUCCUCGGUCACCUCCUUGUCCAAUCUUCCAUUUAGGAAAACACUCACCAGUGACAUUUACACCACAGGUAGCGUAACAAGUAGUGAUUCUGGCCAUUCUACAGCGCUCGAUACGCACUCUAACAGCUCGGCCGAGAACUGUCCCCCAUCCACCUCUCCACCCUUCCACCUCAGGAGGCACUCAGCUAUGCAGCCAGGGAGGCCUCCUUUCUUGCAUGCUGUUCCAGUAUUACCACCUUUGCCAAAUGGGUGCGGGCAGGGGCGUGGGCCGCCGUACAGCAUGGCCGCCCAUCGGCUUCAGAGGCUUGGUAGGGCUCACUCGCACGAAGGUGUCACCCAUCCCUAUUACCAUGACGAGGAGGGUUAGUACAUAUACAAACGAAACUCAUAUAUCAGCCGUAUGAAAUAAGAAAACGCAAAUGAAGAAAGAAGUUUUUGAAGGUGCUAAGAAAUGAACGUGGAAAUGUUAUGUGAUCUCAUAGGUAAAUGGAUAGGUUUAUAUUUCUGGGUCAGGCAAUAUUCUAUAGAUUGAAGUUAAGUUCAUUAUCCGGCAAACAGUGUUAUUUCAUAUAAAUAACGUUCUAAACUCUUUUCGUUAGAUAUAUUAGUUUAGAGGUCAGGUAGUCGUCAAUAACAAUUAACUUUAACAUUAUUUUAAAAUGUUUUUUGAACAAUAAAAAAAAAAAAAAGAGACAUUCCAUUUUAGAGAUGAUCUAUUAAAUAUGAAACUUAUAAACUAUUUAGCGUUUUAUCCUCCUAUCGAUGCUUCUUCGUUAUCGUAAAGACUUUGAUCAUGUUAACUUGAGAUUAUUAUUUAACAUAUCUACUAUAAUAAAUGUUUUCUCUUAUCUGUAUUAGUCAUAGAUAUUCUUGUAUGUCCAAGUAUGUGAUUUGUAAAAUCAAUUUUAAAUUUAUUAAUAUAUAUAUAUAUAUAUAGUUGUAACUAUUAUAUAUAUGUAAUUGUAAGAGAUAUUUUAAGAGGGAUUAGACAUUUUACAAUGUGUGUUUUACACUUAAGUUACCAAAAUGUUUCAAAAUAUUUAUUAUAUAUAAACACAAGAAAUUUAACUUGUUAUCUGAAUAUUUGUUAUUUAUUUUAAUUUCUAUUGAGUUAUUUUUUCUAGUGUUUUUUUUUUUCAAAUUGAAUUGUACUUUAUUUUUUAAAUAUAUUUUCUUAUGUGGAAUGUUUACUCUUUCUUAUGAGAUUUUUCAAGAUGCUUGAUAUUCGUCGUUUUUUGCAUUAUGGAUGUAGUUUAAAGCGUGUUGUUGUCAGUCGUAGUCGACGUACCCUUAGAAUUUACAGGACGCUACAGGUCCGGCUGUGGUGAUUAUUUGUAAAAAAAUAAUGCCAAAUUACUUUUUUGCCUAUAUUUUUGCAUGCGAAUUUCAGAUUGGUCUAUAUAAAAAAAUACUUACUUGUUAAGAAAUAAUAUUUUCAUAACUAAAUUAGAAAAAAAUAUAUAUAACUGAGCUAUUUUUAUUUUGUUACAUUUCUUUUUAUGACCUACAAUUAAAUUUUGAAUAAUGUAGACGUUUUCAUUCAAUAUUUUUUUAUAUCACUAUAUUUUUCUAGUGGAUGUUCUUCUCAGUAGAAAAUUAAAAUAAAAAACAUAUUUUUGAAGACCGAUUAUAUUUAAUGUCAUUAAAAAUAAUAUAUAAAUAGAUUGUUUUGUUUUUUUAUAAAAUAUAUUUAGAUGCUAUACAAUAAUUGAUUUUGAAGGCUUUAACGUAUUAUAGUUUUUUUUUGUUUUUUUACAAAUAUAGACAUUCCUGUGUGCAACAUUUAGAAUUAUUAACUUUCAACAUAAAGAAAAAAAAUAAUGUAAAGGCGUGACACUCAUUGUAUUAAAUUAUGAACGCUAUUUAUGUAUUGACAUUCAAUGUUAUUAAUAGAUGUUAUUUAUAACCUAUUAUGUAUCUUUAACAUAUUCGACUUGUUCAAUAGCUGGGUUUGUACAGAUUUUUAGCUUCUUUUUAUAUUAUAUUUGUAUAUUAUAUUUCUCCCUGGCUAAUAAUAGUUUUUUUAAAUAUAAUUUCUGUAAAAGACCUUUUUAAUGUAUAAAUAUUUAUUUAGAUUGUACAGUGUCACUUUUUUUACUAUGUACAAGAUCCUGUUUAUUUUUGUAUAUUAUAUGUAUAUUAUUUGAGUUUACUCUUUUUAUUUUUGUGUAUAUCUUUAUUACAUGAUGUGUCAAAUCGUUGUACAAAUUUAAAAGUUUGAUAUGAUAGUCAAUUUUUUUUAUCUAUCUGUAUUGUUGUAAGUAUUAUAGAUAAAAACAGUAAUGUAUAAUUGCUUUUUUA